UACUAGUGACAGUGGUGCGACCCUCGUUCGGUUCGAAAUCCUUUUAGUGAUUUUUGUAACGGAAUUUUAAUACUCUGCUCGGGAUAUGAAGGACAUAGAGACGAGAGAAGAUGAGUGAAAUUCACAAGAAGCCUCUACGCAGAAUAUUCUCCAUAAAGCAGAAUCGCAUUCCACAAAUUCUUCACCAAACUUCAGCAACUUCUGAACGAAUCUGGGUACUUUCUUCAUGGGCGUCGGAUUGUGGAAGGCGUCGAUCAGUUCGUAUUCCCGAUCUGGAAGUUCGCGUAUUACGAAUAGUAGAAGAAGAUUCUUGAACCAAUGUCCGAAUUAUUGCAACUGCUGCAGUUACCGGUGUUCCUCUUGUCUGGAGAAUUCUUCCUGAACAACCAAUUUUACAAACGUACAUGACGCGCACUGACCUCGCAAUAUACUCCUAUGUUGCAGCGGCAUUCCGGCAUGCGGUCCAAUGCAAAUUCGUCUGUAACUCAGCAGUCCUGGGUUAAGGACAUGUUGACUGGGAACCUUGGUCAUUUUGAAACGAUUUUCUGGGACUCGUGAGAAACGAAACUAGAACAUGAUUGUUCAUUUGUCAAAUAACAGUGACUGUGCGCGAGGACUCGAAAAUUACACUUUCUGAGACCUACAGAAAAUUUGUAGUUGAUGCAACAUAACAAUUGAAUUUUAUUUGCUUUAAUACUUAACAUACGUAUUAGUGUUAAAUCCAUAUAAAUGAAAUAAUAUGAAAAUGGCAUUUAAUUUCGACAAUUUCUCCCAGUGCACCAUGUAUGUUCUGCUGGUCUUUGCCACGAUUUUGGGGCCAGUUGGUGCAUUCCUGCAAAUCACCUUAUGUGACCAGCCUUUGAUGGACUGCACUAAAUUCAUAAGUGAGCAACACUUCACUCCAGCACACCCUGUCGUGAUAGUCCUGCCACCAACGGAAGAAGACUCAACUACGGAAGAAGUGGGAUAUUUGAUUACAGCACUCCAUACUUCCAGUCGUUGGCCCCUACUCCUGUUUAAUACCACUUAUGAGAUGAAGGGAAAGAUGAACACGGAAAUAUACCAACAUGGCAAUUACAUAAUUCUCAUAUCAGGAUCCUGCAGAAACUUUGAUGAGUAUAUGGAAAAGUUUUCGAAACAGUUGGCAGGAUUGGCUUAUGGUAAUGUUCAGCACUCAUGGAAUCCGAGAGCCAAAUUUAUUCUUCCUGUAAUGUCCGCUUGCACGGAUUAUAACACUACAUACCUUUCCGGAGCUAUUCUGAGUAAACUCUGGCUUUAUAAAGUUACGAAUAGCGUUGUCCUCUUUCUGGAAUCAAAUGGCCACAUAACAAAGUUCCUUCAGCGGAAUGAAACCGGUUCAGCUCCAAACGUGCGUCUGAGUCUCCACACUUGGUUUCCUUAUGAGAAUUCGCAAAGCUGCAAUCCGAUAGACGGCACUGUACCAAUAAGAGUAUUCUUCUUAAGAAAUGUGAGUGACAUCCAUCGCGGCGAAAUAUUUCGAGGAUAUAUUGGUAAGAACUUACACAGAUGUCCCAUUAGGAUUCUUGCAAGAGUUAAACCACCUUUCGUUUUUAUACCGAAUCGAAUUUGGUUGAACGCUUCCGGAAGGUAUACUCUUGUGUACAACAAAGGUUGGGAUAUUGGAAUCAUAUCAGCAAUAUCCGACUCACUUAACCUCUCCGUUGUGGUCCUGCCAGCUCGCUAUCCAAGAAGUAAAAGUGUUAGAAAUUUUGUAUCUGUAAAUAUUUUAAGUGCAGAACUCGUGAAAGGCAGAGCAGACAUAGUCAUUGGGCAGGUCCUUAGGGAAGAGAUCUUUAGUCACUCUUUGGAAACCACACGGAGCUAUUACAGUAUGAGGAUAGCUUGGUGCACACCAUGUGCCACAAAAUAUCCUAGAUGGACUCGUAUCUUCAGGAUAUUUUCUGUAUAUCUUUGGAUAUAUUUUAUUUUAUCUCUGGUCCUGGCUAUUAUUACAGUGAUCUGCAUUUCCAACUACGGACACAAAUUCCACUUGCCUGAAUUCGGACUAUACAGGGAUAUUAUUAGCGUUACGGCAAACGUUACAGCGGUCGCACUAGGGAUAUCUGUAGCCACAAAGCCUCGUACUUCAUCGCUUCGAGUGUUCUUUUUUUCCUGGGUGUGCCACAGUCUUGCAAUGAGUACCGUAUUCCAGGCAUACCUCACGUCAUUUCUUAUCGACACGGGAUACGAGGAACCAAUCAGAACUGUUGAGGAGAUGCUAAACGCUGGUAUGAGAUUUGGUUUUCCUCCUUCGUACAAGAUGUUUUUUAAUGAUUCUACGGAUUCUAUUGGCGAGGCUAUUUUAAGAAAGGUGACCCUGUGUCCUGAUGAAGGUAUCUGCCUCAAAUGGGCAAGUGAGGGCCGUAACAUAUCAACACUCCGGUCCGAUAUGACUACAGAGUUUAUGCAUUCCAUCGGGUCUUCAACAGAUGACAAUAACAGACCGUUACUCUGUGACCUGGAAGAUGGCGUUGUUGUGUAUUUUCAAGCCGUAAUGGCAGUCUUAAAGGGAAAUCCAUUAUUGGAGCAUAUUAAUGACGUCAUAGAUCGAAUCGUAGAAGGAGGUCUCUUUAAGGAAUGGAAGAAAUUGUUCUUCAACCACGCAAGGGUGGCUAAAAAGGCACCUUCUUCUUAUACGCUAGCUGACACGUACCUGAAUAUCAGUCUUAUACAUAUGCAGUCCGCGUUCUAUCUCUUCUUAUUGGGACAUGCAGCUGCACUUUUCUCUUUUGUGAUAGAAAUGGUAUGGAACAGUCGCGCGUCAAAACAGAGGGAGGCAACGGGCUAGUCCGUCCCUUGCGGGGCCACAUAAACGCAGAAAAUUUUGAAGCCUGUCUAACGUGACCCUACUUUCUACAGGAGACUUUGUCAUAUUACAUGUAGUUACGUGAAGCAGAUAAGAGAUGCAAAGUCAUGCCUAGGACAGACAAACUGUGACAUCAGCAUUGCGUCUUGAAAGACUCUAAAUAUGUACAUCCUUAGCGAGAAUAUGUAUUUAUGAAUAUGUACAAUUUAUUUUAAUAAUGAUUAUGUGUAUGAUAUAUAUUGACAUAAAUUUAUUUCUUUUACUAACAAACUGUAUUCGACAGAAAUUGCUUCUUG